AUGGCUUGUCUUGUCAUCAUCGAUUUGGAUACAGAGGGAGAAUGCGUGGAAUCGUCGAAUACAGCAAUUCUCACCGCUUACGACAUGACAUUGAUCUUGGCGUUGGCGUGCGCGAUUGCACUUGGCGUGCUUCUCAAAAAAGCAACUCAACUCAGCCUUUUUUCGACCAGUUGUCUUUCAUUUUGUGGCAACAACUCUCUUAUUGAUCACUCCAAUCAUCGUCAUCGUUAUUAUUCGUUACGUUCACUUAACAAAAUCACAUGUGGCUUG